UCAUGUAUGCGACAGUGUAAUACGGAUUCGGGACGUGUUAGACGAUACACGGUGCAUGUAAAUAUGAGUGUAACGAAGCACAACGUUAUUUCGAAGGUGACACCCCGCAACUCGGUGUGGUGCUCGAGCACGUAUGGCAGAGACUAGAAUCUGAGAUAAGGAAGCUCUGCUUCGCCUAAGUAAUACGUAUCGCCAAUCAAAAUUACCACCACAAAGUAGCGAUGCGGUGGUUACCUCUGUCGAACUGUGAAAACAUAUUUGCAAAAUUCAAAAACUUUGUCAAACAUAAUCACUUGUGAUUGUAUAUGCGUGCCAAACAAAGAUAUAUAAAAGGGCAUUGAAAAGACCCAAUGGUUUCCUGACAUGAUGGAAAGUAAACUGUACGUGAAAAAUGAGCCGGGACUUGAUGGGCAAUCGCUUGCAAAUCCACAAGCAAACCCACCUUCCGAGGAUACCGGAGGAGCCAGGGUUUGUUUUGUUUGUGGUACUGUAGGCCAUGGUGAACAAUAUUGGCUGAAAGUAAAACCAAGUCCAGGCGGUGCGCCAAAUGAACCUUACUUUCCAUUUCUCGAAUCCCAUGAACCACCUGCUGGCUACCGUGGCGAAGGAGCUAGAAGUGGAGCAGUGAAGGCGUGCAGUCUCUGCUACGCCUUGCUGUUACAACAAUGGGAGAGUUACGAACAGGAUGCCAGACCUCAUAGUCAACGAAUUUAUUGGCUGAAAAGAUGCGACGGCGGUCCGUUUACGGGAGCCGAGAUGGCCCUUCAGGGAGAAUACGCGGCUCAAGUUUUGGGCUUAACUAACGACCAAACCUCGCAGCUCAGACCGGAAAAUCGACCGGUAGGAAUUUCUCCGCGACUUCCGCCAACAAAUUCGCCAUCGCCUAGAGUGGAACAAACAAGACCACCGUCGAAUUCCAUUGAACUGCCAAGACCACAUUCUAACACGGCAGAAACGCACAGACAUUUAGAACAAGCAAGGGUUACAAUGGAAUCUCCCCAUCAAAGACUGCAAUCGCCGCACCAGAGGUUACAAAGUCCUCGACAACCUGUAGAAGAUUCAAGAAUAUCCAACGAAGCGGCAUUGGAUUUAAGACACGCACCCAGGAGUUCACCUGCACCACAACCAACUUUACCACCACAACCUCAACCCAUUUAUAGCGGUGGGUCGUCGUCGAGUGCCGGCACUGAUAUCUUAGAUCUUUCGAUGCCAGAUAAAAAUUCAGUUACGGAAGUCUGUUACGUAUGCGGGGAUGAAUUCAAAAGAGGGUCACUUAGUCAUAUUGCAGCAAAACCACUGCCAACUCCGCCACAUCCUUCUGCCAGUCCUCCGCCAUUUUUUCCUUCGCUAAUGCUUCAUCCAAGACCAAGCAGAAGCCGACCGAUGGACAGUGCUGGUCGUGUACAGGCCUGCUCAGCGUGUCAAAAUCAUCUUCUGUUGCAAUGGAAGGCAUAUACGCUACAAGGAGUGCCGCACGGCGAUCGGAAUUACACGCUCCGUAAACGACAAGCACCUGCAAUGGAUACAACUACCUUUAUCUGUUAUACUUGCGCUCUUGAGUACCCUUCGUCCAGUAUUAGACUUCUUUACUGCUGUCCUAAUCCCGAGAAGGAGGCGUACUAUCCUUUUAUAUAUUCCCUGAGACCUCCGCCAGGAGCUAGUCCCAUUAGUCCUCAGGGAAUGGUGCAAGUUUGCUCCAUUUGUUACAAAGCUAUACCGCAGAAGCAGCAAGUAUUCGGUGGAGAAAAUCACGAGGCUCAAUCGUCGUCGGGGCAGAGCGUGGAUUUUCGACAACAGGGCCCUUCCCCGCGGCCCGCUGUAGCCAAGUCUCCGGCUAAUUCCGCCGGUAGCGAUAUUCGUUUCAAACCGUACGAUUUAAACAAAUCGAGCGUUGCCACGAACAAGCUACGCUGCGCGGUAAAAGCAUCGAAUCCUGGGCAGCGAAACUCCCCGAACAACGGUCCUGCUGAGAACGGAACUGUUGCUCUCGGCCAAAACUAUAGGUGCUAUAUUUGUGAGAGACUGUAUCCUCGCUCUCACAUGGAAUGGUUGUCUACGAGUCCAGAAGGAAUGAAUUCGCACGCUAUGCAUUUUCCGUGUUUAAGGGGAAUGGCACGUACUUCGGAAAAUGCCUGUAUGGAUAGUCACGGCAGAGUGUUAGCUUGUAGUCACUGUGUGAAUCAUCUUGCCCAACAGUGGGAAAACAUGGAUGCUGAACGAGUUCCUUUAGAACGUCGCAGGUAUGAUAUUCCUAGUCCACAUCCAAACGGCGAUGUGAACCGAUCGAUCGCCACCCCACCGAGUUCUAGUUCAGACCGAACGUUUGGUAGUAAUCCAGGCACAUCGAGUAGUUCCAUAUAUUGUUUCCUAUGUGGCUUGCAUAGCGAUUUAACUCUGGCAAGAGUGUUGUACGGUCGUCCUCAGGGUCGUAACGCACCGUUUUUUCCGGAAUUAUUACGCCAUCAGUCUCCACCGAACGCCGAGCAGCUUAGGGAGGAUGGUUCUGCGCUAGUAUGCACUUUCUGCUAUCAUUCUCUUUUGGCGCAGUGGCGUAGAUACGAAUCUCUUCCUAGUGGUCAACAAGUGAACGCCGCGGAAAGGCAGUACAACACGCACGACUACUGCUGUUACGUUUGCGGUAUUACCACGUACAGAAAACGAGUGAGAGCGUUACUCGUGAAAGAUUUUCCCUUCUUAAGGUAUCACAGACAACCGGAGAAAAGUUUGUUGUUGGAAAACGGGGACUUUGCGGUGGUCUGUUUAGAUUGUUACGAAACAUUGCGCACUCAAAGUCUCGAAUACGAACGAUGGGGUUUACCCGUUGAAAAACGCGAAUACAAUUGGAUAGUGCAACCUCCACCACCAGAAGACAGCCCGGAUGCGACUGUCGCGAGAUUGCCAUCCGGUGAAAGGUCCGAGAAGGUGGUCCCGUCGACGUUAACGGUGAAACCUGCACGGAAAAACUGUUCCCCCAAGGCCCCAGAUAAAAAAGUUCCCGCUAAGGUUCCAGAAAAAGAACAAGGUCUGCAGCCUGCCAGCACCAAAGCGCAACCGACCACGAUCAGCAAAUCUCACAGACCCAGUUCCGGCGUUUUACCUCAGGGUCAUACCCCCGGACCAGGUCCAGGUGGUCAACAAAAUAGCAGGAGUUUUGCCGCCGCUCUGCGGAAUUUGGCUAAACAGGCAGGGCCGGCACCUCAGGAAGAAGAGCCUCGCGCCAGCCCUAAGAACCGAGCGCCGCCUCCUCUGGUCAGAGGUCCUUCCCCUGCCAAGGAACGGUCUACUCACGAGAGAAGACCAGAGGAGAUUCCCUCGUUGUACACGACUGCGAGGCCCGCGGAUACCAGCAAGCACAGCGUAACUGCCGCCGCUUCCGAAUUGCUGGCCCGUUCCGGUUUCCAGCCGUACCGGCCCGAGCAUCAUCCGGCCCACGCUCCACCGGCUUUCGCCCUGGAUCCUGCCGCCUACAGUCCUUAUCACCACGGUCUCUACCCACCGCCACACCUCCAACACGCUUAUAGGUUAGAGGAACAAUUGUAUUUGGAACGGUGUGGAAUGCUGAGACCACCGUUAUUUCCUGGGCUACCCUCGUAUCCCUUGUACGGGUUAAGAUACAGUCCAGACAUGCUACCGCCCGCGUCCCUCGGACUGAUGUCUCCCGUGAUGCACGAGCGACUGAAACUGGAGGAGGAGCACCGGCUGAGGCAAGCACGGGAACAAGCGGCACUCAGGGAGGAGGAGGAGAGGAGAAGAGCGGCACGAAAUUCUGCCCCUACGGCCCCGGUACCCGCGCCUGCACCUGCAUCCGCCGAUACUGCAGCUAGGAAGCCGACCAUAGCGGCUCAGAUGCAUAGCGACCGGGAGCGAGAACGCGAGAACAGAGAUCGGGCAAGUGGAACCGGUAGCGGCGCUGGCAAUACCAACAGCAACGUCACUGCCAACCAGAACAAUAACAGUAGCGUUGGAUCUGUCAGUAAUAGUCACCAUCAGUCGAGAAAAGAAGAGCAGUCUUCCACUUCAGCCCCUCCGGCAGCAGCAACAGCAGCAGCACAACAACCACCGCCACCACCGGUACCACCUGUACCACCAGCACCAACAGCACCGCCACCACCACCGCCACCACCGCAAACAGCAGCAGCAGCAGCAGCAGCACCGCCACCACCGCCGCAACAACCACCGCAACCACCGCCACCGCCAUCGGCAGCUCCGACAGCAUCGUCCGAUCCAACGGCAACGGCCAACAUCUACCAUUCUCGUUUGCCACCGUUCCCAAAUCAAACUGCUCCCAUUGGACCACCGUCCCUGGGUUCGGCUUCUAUCUGUUCCGUCAGCUCCGCGGCCAUGCCUCCUCCUUUGGCUUCUACUUUGCCUCCCUUGAACCUUGGACCUCCGCCAGCCAUAAGCUCCGCGCCUAUCGGCCCUCCACCUAUCCCUUCUAUAGCCUCUAUGUCAUCCUUAACGCCGGCGGUAAUAGGACCGCCGCCACCGCCUCCACCCCUAAGCAUGCCUCUGGCGCCUAUCAUUUCUAUACCUUCUCUCCAUUUACCGCCCGUAUCCUCGACUACCAUUCAUUCUAGUCAGCAUACAGCUACGAUAAUGAGCAGCGCAACUACGGUUACGACUUCUAUAUACCAUCAGCAGCAGCACCAACAGCAACAACAAGUGCAACAGCCACCGCCGCAACCGCUAUCCGCGUCGUCGUCGCAACAUCAACAACGCAACAGCAGCGUGAACGGUACAACGACAAGCAGCGGCACGAUGACCACGCACGGAACACCUAACGCCGUUCCCUCGAUUAUCAAUAGCGUAAAUCAUAUGACUUUGACCCAUAAAUCGCCGCCCUUGUCUCACGGCGUUCAUACCUCCAGAAGCAAAGACACCGGUUCGACGAACACCACCGUAAAUGCUUCGAGCACGAGUACAACGAUGACCACCGUAACCACAACCACGAGCACGUCGGUUACCUCGCAGCCGCCGGCUUUCGUCAGACCGUUCGAAGAUUCGUUUCGCUCCUCGUCCAAGCCUCAGCAGCGACCGAUCAUAAACAGUCAUAAUCACAGUAUAACCAACCAGCUUCCCUAUCAGGAAUCGCCGAUAAAGUCACCCGUCACGACCACCUCGUGUCAAACGAUGAUCGUCGGCCAGAUAAUAGCCGAUAAUUCCAUCGUGGACGCUACGAAAGGCACGAGUCUUCAGCAGUCGCUGUCACAGCCAAUCCCGUAUCCACCUCAACAGUUUCAUCAUCCUCACAUACCUGUCUCGCAUGUACCUAGUUUAUACAAACCACCGCAUUUCUCGUCGUCGUCCUCUCCUCAUCAGCAUCAUUCUCAACCUAAGAUAAACGUCCCGACGCUGACGACCACCAGCGCUAUCGGUGGUAGCUCGAGCAAUACCGCUAGUACCACCGUCACCAGUUCGAAUUCCACGAAACAGAGCUCUCAUCACGCCGGUGAAUGCAAUCAAGCGGCGGCGGCGGCGGCUGCAACGACAACGGCAACGACCACGACGACGUCACCGGCCGUGACAGUGGCUCAACGAAACGAAAAUUCCUCGUCGAAUGUUGUAAAUUGCGUUUCCACGGAGAAAACGAUGGGAAACGUGAGUUAUAACAGUAACAAUCUGCUCCCAGGUAACGGGAGCAAGAUUGCGAAUCACGCGAAUUCGCAUCACAAGAGUAGCACGGAUCCAUCGACGAAAGAGAGCAAAGUGAACUCUUCUUGUAACGAGAAGAUGGAUAAUAAUCACGCAGCGAAACAGUCAACGACGAAUCAUCUAGGAAAGAAUUCGCUUCAAGAGAACAAACCGUUGGCUGGCCAUCUAACUUACGAGCAACAAGGAAAGGGUCCACCACCCGCCUUUCAGCCUCUGAAAUUUAAUCUCGCCGAGAAAGAGAUUAAGCCCGAGGUAGAGUCUAAGAUGCAGAGCGAUCAGAGUAACGUUUUGUCCACAUUAUCGUUUCAACCGAGUUUUAAGUUCAGUAUAAACGAUAUCGCACAGAAGCCUAUAGACACCACUCAGCUGAUGCAGAGCAUCAAGUCUGAGGAAGUUUUGCGUACCUGUCAGAACGUUUCCAACGUUCUCCUGCAGAUACCAAAAUACCAAGAGAAACUGUUGAAUUUCUCCAACGAGCUGAAAACCGCAUUUUGUUUCACCGACAAGUGCAAUAAUUUGACUGAGAUUUCCGUGAAGUGCGAGCCAGCGGUGUUAAAUGUGCCUGACCUGAGCAAGGCUCUAGUCAAACAAGAUUGUACGGGCGAAAAGUCUUUUCUUGUACCUGAGAAGCCGAAAGAGUUGACGUCCUCGUUAGAUCUAGCCGAGAGGAGAAGGAAAAGGAAACGGGAAAGGAAUGCAGGUAUCGCGUGUAGUUCCGAUUCGGAAGGCGAAGAAGAGAUGAGGGAUGUGGAUCUAUGGAUCACCAAGGGCCCGCCGGCCAAGUUACAAUAUUCGGACAAGAAGCUCGCUUUCCUCGCCAUGUUCGGUCUAACUACUUUAAGUAUGAGGAACGAGAUAGAACUUUGUAAAGUGGAGAAGAGGUUCAGGUUGAAUCCAGAUCCACCGGAUGUACCUUUGGAUACGGAACAAGUAGUCGAAUCUGUAUUACCAAUACCGCGAGAACAUCCGGACGUGUUACUUCAUACGCCAGAUUUCGAGCCGAAAGUUGGCUUUCUCAGGACUAUAGGCCUCGAUGUAAUGCCUCCUGGCAGAAGAGACGAGGCAGAGGUAACGUGGCAAUACGUUCUGCAGGACCGUAAGAAACGGAAGAGUACAAAUUCCGUGACUGCCUACUGCGAAAGAAUCGCCACCGCUUAUUCGAAGAAUCCGCCAACGUUGCCGAAACCACCGCAGAAGAUGAGGCUUUUAGAUAGAGUGAAAGUGAAGCAGGUUCCAGAACGGCCACCGCCUUUACCACCUUUGGUUCCGAACAUCGUCUCGAUGGGUUACCCAGCCUUGCCUAUGCCCGGUGAGAACGGAAUGAAGCAGCAUUGCAAGGUCGUAGAUAUUAAGAUCGUGGAUGAGAACGCGGACGACCAUGUUAGCGGGAAAGAGAGAAGACCGAAGUGGACCGGCAUCGAGGACAUCAUGCUCGCCUACAGAGAAUAUUCCAAAGGGAAGGCAUUGGAGAAGAAAAUUUUGACGAGCGAAACAUCAAAAUUGGUGGCACAGUCGAACAACCUACGUUCCGAAACUAUUCAACUAGAGCGAAGAAUAUACGAACUCUUAUCGGCGAGAACGGCUCUUGAUUCGGAGAGGCGAGUGCUCGGUGAAAAAAUUGAAAGGAUCAACGCACUUGUUAGGAACCUUAGGUAGCGAUGCGCAACGCACAACACGGAAACUCAUUCAUCUGUGAUAUUAUCGAAGGGUUAAGGGUCGUUAGCACACAGUACCAAAUAUAAAAUCUUAAUGAUACACUUAGGCAAGCGAAAACGAGAUUCAGAGGGAUGAUUUAUUGACCAAAUGUACAGCAGCCUUUCGUAUUGUUUUGCGAUUAAAUGUACACACACACACACACACACACACACACACACACACACACACACACACACACGGUGGUGUUAUACAAAAUGUAAACAAACGUUAAUAGCGCAGCGACCGCAAGCGGCGUGACGAUCGCCGCGAGGAGCACCUUUAUAUUUCGUAAACGAGGAUCGUUGAAACGUCAUUGCGACGAGAACAGUCAUAUCAACACAGUAUGAGGAACACGUGUAAGAAUGAUUAUUGUAUAAAACAAAAUUAUACCGAAAUAUAUACACUUCUUAGCUAACGGCUGAAGUGGCUAAUAAAGAUUUUAUAGUUUUCAACUAACGGCUCUUAGACCCUAGACUAUAAAUAAUUGUAAUUUGUAUCAUAAUAUUUUAAUGAAAAAUAGACAAAUCGUAUAACUUAUUUUAUUCUGCGUAAUGUGGACUCUAUGUCAGAUAAUAACUUGAAACAAUAUGAUAUGUCACAAUUUGUAUAUGAGUCGAUCGUUAACAUUACUGGUAUAAAAGAGAAGGGGACACGUUCAUCGAAUCGGUUCAGUGAUAAUCGAAAAAAAGUUACUCCCAUAUAUGUAUAUAUAUAGAGAGAGACUGUGACUUUCUUUUUCAUUUUGCAUCGUAUAAAACGGGGGAUAGUGUAUAUGUGAGCUCUGUGUUGACGAAAAUUUUCGAACGCAUUCGAACCAGAAACC